GGCCUUUGUGACUCAUUGUGUCUGUGUCGAGGCGUCAGGAGGGCCCGGAGCUGAGCGCGGCGCCCUUCGGCCGGCCUGAGGCCCAGAGUCAACUCCCUUUGCUCGCCCAGCGCCCCCAGCCGCUCCCGGGGCUCACGAAAUAGUACAGAAACAGAUACCAGACAUCUCACAGGACAGAAAGGAGAGCACAAGAGCACAAACCCUGUUCGGAUUAAGUCAGGUCCCUGAGCCUGAAUGAUGACUGCUGAGUCGAGGGAAGCCACAGGUCUGUCCCCGCAGGCUGCCCAGGAGAAGGACGGUAUCGUGAUAGUGAAGGUGGAAGAGGAGGAUGAGGAGGAGCACAUGUGGGGGCAGGACGCCAGCCUGCAGGAGUCUCCCCCGCCCGACCCGGAGGUCUUCCGCCAGCGCUUCAGGCACUUCUGUUACCAGAACACUUUCGGGCCUCGAGAGGCCCUGAGUCGACUGAAGGAACUUUGCCACCAGUGGCUGCGGCCGGAGAUCCACACCAAGGAGCAGAUCCUGGAGCUGCUGGUGCUCGAGCAGUUCCUCUCCAUCCUGCCCCGGGAGCUCCAGGCCUGGCUGCAGGAGUACCGUCCCGACAGCGGGGAGGAGGCCGUGACCCUGCUGGAGGAUCUGGAGCUGGAUUUGUCAGGACAGCAGGUCCCAGGUCAAGUUCAUGGGCCUGAGAUGCUCGCAAGGGGGAUGGUACCUCUGGAUCCAGUGCAGGAGUCCUCGAGCUUUGACCUUCCUCAUGAGCCCACCCAGUCCCAUUUCAAACAUUCAUCUCGGAAACCCCGUCUGUUACAACCUCGAGCUCUCCCUGCCACCCACGUUCCUGCCCCUCAUCCCGAGGGGGCUCCCAGAGACCAGGCGAUGGCAUCUGCAUUGUUCUCGGCAGAUUCCCAGGCAAUGGUGAAGAUCGAGGACAUGGCCGUGUCCCUCAUCCUGGAGGAAUGGGGAUGUCAGAACCUGGCUCGGAGGAAUCUCAAUAGGGACGCCAGGCAGGAGAAUUAUGGGAACGUGAUUUCCCAGGGUUGUGAAAACAGGAGUGAGAAUGAGGAGUCCACCUCAAAGGCUGAAAGUGCAGAAGACUCAGCAUCACAUGGGGAGACUGCAGGAAAAUUCCAGAAAGAUGUCGGAGAAAAGCGUGAACAGCAGAGCAGAGUGGUAGAAAGGCAGCAGAGAAACCCUGAGGAGAAAGCUGGAAAAGAAAAGAGAGACUCAGGGCCAGCUACAGUCAAGGAGAAAAAACCCAGCACAGGAGAGCGAGGCCCGAGGGAAAAGGGGAAGGGUCUGGGGAGAAGCUUCAGCCUGAGCUCCAACUUCACCACCACCGAGGAGGUUCCCACAGGAACCAAGUCCCACAGAUGUGACGAAUGUGGAAAAUGCUUCACACGGAGUUCAAGCCUUAUUCGCCAUAAAAUAAUCCACACUGGAGAGAAGCCCUAUGAAUGUAGUGAGUGUGGGAAAGCCUUCAGUCUUAACUCAAACCUCGUCCUGCAUCAGCGCAUCCACACAGGAGAGAAGCCUCAUGAAUGUAACGAGUGUGGCAAAGCCUUCAGUCACAGUUCAAAUCUCAUUCUGCAUCAGCGAAUCCACUCUGGGGAGAAACCCUAUGAAUGUAACGAGUGUGGGAAGGCCUUCAGCCAGAGCUCAGACCUCACUAAGCAUCAGAGAAUCCACACAGGGGAAAAACCCUACGAAUGUAGUGAGUGUGGAAAAGCUUUCAACCGAAACUCAUACCUUAUUUUGCACCGGAGAAUUCACACCCGAGAAAAGCCCUAUAAGUGCACAAAGUGUGGCAAGGCCUUCACCCGGAGCUCAACCCUCACCCUGCAUCACAGAAUUCACACAGGAGAGAGACGUUACAUAUGUGCUGAGUGUGGGAAGGCCUUUAGUAAUAGCUCCAACCUCACUAAACACCGGAGAACACACACUGGGGAGAAACCAUAUGUGUGCACCAAAUGUGGGAAGGCUUUCAGCCACAGCUCCAACCUGACCCUUCACUACCGAACACACCUGGUCGACCGGCCCUAUGACUGUAAGUGCGGGAAAGCCUUCGGUCAGAGCUCAGACCUCCUUAAGCACCAGCGAAUGCACACUGAAGAGGCCCCUUACCAGUGUAAAGAUUGCGGCAAAGCCUUCAGUGGCAAAGGCAGCCUCAUUCGCCACUACCGAAUACACACCGGGGAGAAGCCGUAUCAGUGUAACGAGUGUGGGAAGAGCUUUAGUCAGCACGCGGGUCUUAGUUCUCACCAGAGACUCCAUACUGGAGAGAAGCCGUAUAAAUGUAAGGAGUGUGGGAAAGCCUUCAACCACAGCUCCAAUUUUAAUAAGCACCAUAGAACCCAUACUGGGGAAAAGCCCUAUUGGUGUAGCGAUUGUGGGAAAACCUUUUGUAGUAAGUCCAAUCUUUCCAAACAUCAGAAAGUCCACACUGCAGAGGGAGAAGGAUCUUAACUGUCAGGAACCAUCUUUUGGUGGUUUUUGUUUUUCUUUCUUUAGAACGUGAAUGCUAGAGACAGCCCAGUAAUUGCAAAGUUAACUAUGGAGUAGAUUUUGUUUGUUUGACUAAAUGUCAAGGGGAUGGAGUGAGAGCUCAGGCAGGGACAGGGUGGGUUACUCACCUGCCCACCAACUCACUGGGGCAGGGUCCCCUCACCAUACUUCACGUCCCAUACACCAUGCCGGCAUUGCCUUUUGUAUAGUUACACUGCUGUGUAUCCAGUAUAAUUAAAGAAGAAGCAUUAAAACUGUUUAGCUGUUUUAACAUAUACUCAAGAUUAUGACUUGUAAAGAAAUGAGCCAUGUUGAACGCAGUUUAAUCUGAUUCAGAAUAAACUUAAAAGUUCUUGUAAUGCCUCA